AACUUGCUAUUUAUGGUAUAUGACAAGUAGGGGUAUAGCAUUAAAAAGCUAUUUACAUAGCUAAAGGAAGAAUCCACUGUGACGAUGGUGACCAGGUAUUUUUCCUCCUAUUCUGCAGAUGGUUGAACUGCUGAUAUUUAGUGUAGGAAUUCUGUCUGUGGCAGGCAGUGUUACCAAACUGCUUGUGUGGAAAGAGUCUUCAAGGAGUUACAGCAAUGAUAAUGUUCUUUUCCCUUCAUCUUUACACAUUGAGCCCUCCUUAGGAUCAAAAACUGCAGCGUCUUAUCUCUAAAUGAACAUAAGAAGUAUCACUUUAUAGUUGCUCUAAGCAGCAUUACAGAUGCCAGGAGGGGGCACAAAGAAUUCACCACCCCCCUCAACAGUUUAAUGAAGUGAGAGAUGGAGGUCAAUGCUAUCAAAACACAUUUUCCUAAGGCCUACUCCCCAUCAAGGAGGAGUAAUGUCAUGCUGUUUCCAAAUGUAGCUCAUUUUAGAAUAGCAGGAACUACAUAGAGUGAAUAGAAUAUAAAUCUGCUUCCCCAGAGAGGGUGAGUGGCUUUAUUACUAGGUGACACUUGGCCUUAUUACUAGGUGACAUUUGGAUUGGAUUUUAAGGGUCUGGAAAACUUGGAUGGAAAAAAAAAUUGGCAACUUUAUUUCUAUGAAUGCUAAAUACAUGAAAUGUAUAAAAUGUAAGCAACAAACCCCCAUGUUACAUUAUUGAAGAUACUCUAUCUCAAAAGUUUUGGGCAAUACUCCUUCAAAUUAAAGAACAUUAUUUUGAGAGCCCAUGUCCUUCAGGGGUUCCUGUCACAAAAAAAAAAAAAAAAAAAAGUUACUAAAGUUGCCAAACAGUCCUGGAUAAAGUGUUCAUCUAGAUAAAUUGAACUUUUAAAGUCUCCUUUUGUGAAGGUCUAUGCCAGUGGUUCCAGAACUUUUCGAUUCCCGACUCCCUUAGUGUAUCAGAAUUUUUCCAAGGCUCCCAAAAACCACAACAUAUCUAACUGCUACAGUGUGCAAACAAUAGUUAGGCCCAUCUCUGUGCCCCCCAUAUACUGGUUAUGCCUUAUACUGUGCCUGCAUUUAGUAGUUAGGCCCACCUGUGUGCCUCCAAAUAGUAGUUAGGCCCACCUGUGUGCCCCCAAAUAGUAGUUAGGGCCACCUGUGUGCCCCCAAAUAGUAGUUAGGCCCACCUGUGUGCCUCCAAAUAGUAGUUACGCCUUACUAGUAGAGAAGCAGUGGGGUGCGCCUUGGGGUUAACGGAAGGGACCGUUGGAAGCUAUUCAAGUCACUGUGGUACACAGUUUGGGUAUUGUCAUUUGAGUAUUGAAGUCUUGAAUGUUACAAGGACAUUGAGGUAGACAUUGAGACUUUUGGCUACAUAACAUCACAGAAUAUCGGUAUUCCCUGCGGACUAGCCCCCUCCCCAUGAAUGAAAGUGAAAGAUGUACAACAAACACUUAAGGUAAAAACAUAGGAGAACAUAAAGUAACACACUGGUUUUUCGAUCUUGAGAUAAAAUUAAGCACUUAUUUACCAUCAGAUUAUAGAAACUCCUUUCUAGAACAUUGAACUUACUAAAGUCUCAUACAGUGCUGUUGCCUCAUAUUAAUCUACUGGACACUUGUUAGAGUGGUGAACGGGGUCCCACUCCAUUAGCAUAUAGUUGCAGUAUAGAGCAACAGUACCAAAUAACCACUAAAUUCCAUUUUCUGCUCCAGUGUCGCACACCAUGUAAUGUGUGUGGAACAAGGUGAUAAGUACAUUCUUGAUGGUUAAUUUGAAUUAAGUAAAAUGAUUCUUGAGUCUAUGAGGUUUUGUCUAUGCCCCAGAAUAACAUAUUAGAUUUUUUAGUAUAACCAACUACAUCAUUAUCCAGCCAUGCCAGCCUCAUAAAUUGUACUUGUAGUCGGGUUACGUGUGCCGCUAGUAGAGUGUAACACUUCCAUGAAAAAUUAGGCCUGGGGUGUGCAUGGCCAACCAUGAAGGGUAUCCUAAAGAAGAGUGAUACCCAGAGAGUGACUGUAGAAAAAAAAGGGAAGGGAGGGUUGAGACGUCUUGCAUGCUGCCAACAGCACCUGUGUGGAUCAGGUGGGUAUAUAAAGACCAGACUCCUCGCACAAAUCAGGAUCAUUUAAUUAAGUUAACCAAUACUUUGAUGGACAUAUGUCUUUUUUCGACCGUACUAACUAUGUGACUUGUGGUCGGGUUACAUGUACCGUGAGUAGAGUGUACCACUUGCAUGAAUAAUUUGGCCUGGAGUGGGCCUGGCUGGCCAUGAAGGGUAUCCUAAAGAAAGGGAGCAAAAUACAUCAGUUAGGUAAUGCAUGAAUUAAUGGUUAAGCAUAACCUACGUCAUAUGAACCCAAGAUAACAGACAAAAUGCACCAGUUAACAGCCGGAGGUUGGAACGUGUCAAUGGAACAGUGCCCUGAUUUACUUAACAUAUAAGUGAUAACUGACAAAGAGAAGCCCCUACCCAGAAGCUGACACCGCUGUUAGGGAGUCGAAGCCAAGAUGGAAUUCUGGAUGUACCACUUGGCACUACUGAACCCAUAGCGCCUACCAGAAUGGUACUACCAGGGUGCGCGUGGAUAAAGGUAACCCAAGUGACCGAGAUAGGAAAUGUUGGAGAAGUGCUAGAUACACAGAAGGUACAAUGAGUCGGUUAGAUUGAGAAGUGGCCAAAACACAGACAUCAGUAGGUAUUUAGAUAGGUAGUGACAGAAGAGGGAAAUAGAUGUUGAAAAUCGCAAAGUAUCCCUUGCUACACAUAUUAGUAAUCCUAUUGAACCAUGCCAUACAUAAAGUGACAAUGGAAAGACCCACAUAGACAAAACAUAAAAGGAUAUAACAUACUUAGGCUGAGGUUUCAUGUACCAGUAAGGCAGUAUCCUCAUACUUGCAGGCGUAAAGAAGAUUAUUCCUGCUGCGCCCUGAGGCUUAUCGCAAAAGAAAAUAUAGAUGACCAGCAGGUUACAAAGACCGAUAAGGGCAGAUGUCCCAACAGGUACAUGCAUGACAAGACAUGAACAUACAACAAGAGGCCCAGAAGCUGUACCCACACCAAAGAACUUAACACCAAGACAUAUGUGCAACUAAGACCACAAUCAGACGCAUAGUAACAAACAUAAGAGAAAGAUAGAGAUGACAACAUCAGGCUCAUUCGUACAGAAUCGUAUGUAACACAGAACGGAAACAACAUGAGGCUCGUGGAUUGUCAAGCAAUUGGCCUCUAACAGGGGUGUAUGUAACGUACGAAAACAAAUGACAAAAAGAAGCUCGUGGAUUGAUGAUACAAUCUGCCCCAAACAAGAACGUUUGUAAUGUACAAAGGAAUAACAACAAUAUGAAGGCUCGAGAAUUAUUGGGCAGCCUAUCUCUCACGGGAGCGUUUGACGUACGAAAGGCAUGUAAAGUGACGACUUAAAGCUUACCUGGAAUGGCGAGGUCAAACUGGCUGUAACACGGCGUAUGUAAUGACCAGAAAGGAAACUAGAAAUAUGAGGCUUUAGGGAUUUACUACAGCAAUCAUCCUCACCAAACUGAACGUAUAGAGCUAAGAGCCAUGGCUUCCUUGGACCAUGAGGCUACUUGAACACACCUCUGGACGUCAUGACAUAGUAUGGGCCCAAUGAAACACUAGGUGCAUGAAACGGACCGUCGCCCAGGGAAGACACCCCUCUCCAUGCACCUGUCUGUUUCUCACAAGCUGCACAUUGUAAGUUUUUUCCUGCUAAUAGAAUAAAGAAAUUUAUGCAAGACAACAGAUGGUGAGUGUUUCACUUAUUCUUUAUCUCCAGUUAUGUCAUCAAUCUUGUGUUGCUGUGAAGCGUAGAGCUGAAUAGUUGUCAUCUAAUAAAGCUGAUGCAUCUAUGUGAUUGCAAGUUAUUGCUGAGUCAGUAGCUGAACCAGUGGUCACAUUCAUGUGGUGUCCCAGUACCGCAUUCUAUACGGUACUUGUUUAUUUAUGGGUCCCCAUAGCCAUAGUCCCCAGGACUUAGGGAUCCCUGUUAGCCAGUCUACCCCUAGUCGCCUCUAUUCUAGUGUAUGAAUCUCUAAUUUAUGCAUAGGUUAAUGUAAAUAGGAUAGUAUAUGUAAAUUAAUGGUUAAUUAUUUGUUUCCAUGGCGUCGCAGGGCCUUCGGGUCAUGUGAUGCGUUCCAAGCCUCACUAUGGAUGCGUUCCAGGCCUCACUUUGGUAUUUCUAGCCUCAUUUUGGUUUUAUUAUGUGUAUAGGACCUGUAUAGGAAGUCAGAUGAUCACCCAGAAGCCUGUGUGACGGUGAGUGACAGCUGACCUUGGACCUAUCAAAUUAGGCUCCGCCCCCUGUCCAUAUAAGGGACGUGGCAGCCAUUUUAGUUCUCUUUGUUUCUGGGUUGCCAAGCGAGCAACAUCUCUCUAUAGAACCUGCGCAGCUAAAACAAACGUGAGUUAGGCCCAAGCCUCGCAGCAAUGGCCGAUCCUUAGCAAAUAUAGAGUGUAUCAAUCCCCAAACACUCUGCGGAACCACCGGACCUAAUCUACCCCUAAAUCCGCACGGAUCCACGCACCAAUUACCUUGAUCUAUUAACCUGCAAAAGACGCAAGGUCCGCAGCAACUGUCAGUCAUUGAAGUCCAUAGAAGUGUAUUGCAGAGACUGUAACUGUAUUCUGAAUGUACUGCAAGUUCAAGAGUAAAGUUUACUUCAGUUCAAGUUUAACUCCAGUGUGGACCUUCAGUCAUUACCUGCAUACGCCUGUCGUUUCUGGGAAGGGCGGCGAUAGGCCGAAGCUAUACUUCAGCAAUACCAGCCCUCACCCUGGUGUCACGAGUGACAGGGUUAAUAUUAACCCCUCAUAUACCGAUACCAUACCACCACCAUACACCCCCCCAAGGGACACCACAAAGCCUUUUUGGCAUUGCACGAACAGGAUUCGGGUGUGUGCCUACCAUUGCCACUAGUGAAAGUGUACUCCCCCCUAAGAAGUGAACUUUAUUCAUGUGCGGCCACCAAGUUGCUGUGUCGCAGCCAAAGGGGAACUCAGAGAUGCAGGAAUCGUUUCUGGAGGGACCGGAAAUCGGGGCUGCACUGAUAGUGUCCUUUCUGCCCAGCGCCAUUUUGGAGAAGCCUACUAUAAAAGACUCCAUACAGAACAACCUCUUCAGUCUGCAGAGAGAGCCGGAGAGUACAGACAUGGCGGAGAGCAGCGUUCCACAUGGUCAAGUUGGCAAAAUAGCGCCGGAAACACAGAAAGUUUUUCAAGAGCUUGCUGACCGUCGGCAGCGGUUGUCAUUAGACAAAGAGGGGGCCUGCAAUCUUCCCCCACUGCCUGAUGAUGACGACGAUUGGCCAGAGACACCUCCAGUGAACAGUGCAGGGACACCUGGAGGUGCGUCACCGGUGAGAUUGUCCCCUCACCACAGGACCUGGGGCUCGUGGGCCGAGAUCCCAUCGGAGGAGUCUGCUGUGAGUACCCCACCAGAGGCGGCCUAUUCUUCCUCCUUCAGCCCUGAGGUCAUUGCUCAAUCAAGUUUUCCAAGUGCACGAUCGUGCUCACCAAAAUUGCUGCAAUGAGUGUUAGGAGAUGAGCCGGAGCUGAUCGAGUACAUGCACAGAGGACUUCAAAAUUACCUGGGAAGACACUCCCACCAAUCCCAACUGCAGAAAGGGCCCGUCAAGAAGCCGAGCUGGCUGAAUUGAUGGAAAAGCUAAAGGCCCGAUACAAGGAACUCUAUGCUCCAAAGCACGUACACUAACCCUAUGAAGAAAGAGUGCGGUAUCAAGAAAAUACCAAGGAAAUGGAGGCAUUGUUCAUCUGUAAAUGGGAUCACCCCCGAGAAGGGGAGGUGCCAUUGGAAAUGAGAAGAGCAACUGUGGCCAAGUUAGACAAGGUCAGAGGUUAUGGGACACUCCUUGAUUGCCACACUGGGCAGACCAUCCUCGUUAACCGGCGAGCAGUGCAAAGGCCAUAUCUCCAUAAGAAGUUCAACAUCUUGGAGGUGGGUGAAAUUGUGGAGCACACCCCCGUCCAGAGCCUUCAUGGAGAAUGGGCUGCAGCGGUCACCAGACCAACAGCCCCAACACAGCUUCCUUUCAAAUAUUUCCCAUCAACGGAUUGGGAAUCUUCAACUUGUAGCCGAAAAGGUCUGCUCCUAAAGCCUCCACCAGCGUGCCCAAGGAGGAGGAGCCUAAAUAGUCAAGUUCCUCAUUUUCUGUGUACAGCAAAGAGUCAAGUGCAUCAUCUUCUACGUACAGCAAAGAACCAAGGUCUUCAUCUUCUUCAUACUGUCGAGAGUCAAGUUCUGCACAGGGUGAAGAGAACAGGCCAAAGUUGCGGCCACCCAAGUCGGUACCUAGACCCUCUCAGAGCAGUGAGAGUUUGUCUAACCCUGGGGUACCCACAGAUGUACCAAGGCCCUCUCGGAGCAGUGAGAGUUUGCCAUUUCCUACGGUACCAGCGAAAGGGUCAUGGGUUGCUACUAAUCUGGAGAUGGUGCUCAAGCCCUAUUGUCCCACUGUGAUCCCGGCUAGUAAACCUAUAACUCCUUCUCUAGCUGCCUUCCACAACCACAACUUACCAAUGUGGUGUGGCAAAGCUAUGUUAAGUCUAAUCCUGCCCCUGACGUUAGCAGAUAUAGGGGAACCAAGAGAGGCACUACAAGAGUGAAGAAGAACAUCUUCUAAAGAGACUCUAAAGUAAUGUCUUAUUGUAUUUUUUUUUCUUUGUCUAACCAUUUUGUCUUACAGGAACCAAGUUCAAGAAAAGUGCCUAGCAGGACUGUGCUAAGUUUGUUUCAGUUUAAAGUUCAGCAACGUAACCACUAAGCUUGUGCCUGACUAUUAAGUCAAGAGACUCCUAGCCUGUAGGAGAUUCAUUAAAGGACUGUACCCGGCUGAGUUGUGGUUAAGGCUGUGUUCAUUUUUUUUUUUUUGGACUCCUAGUGUAGGUGGACUGCUGAUCCUUACCCGCCUGCUUCAUGUAUAUACCACCAACUUCAUAAGAACUCUUAUGACAAAUGUUGCACUUAUCGGGUGAAUGCACCUGAAAUAUGUUGGAGUGUUGAUAAAUAUAUAGUAUAUGGUUCCGUACACAGAAAUAUGUCCCUGUAUCUGUGUACAUAAAUAGUGAGUAAGGUUUGUACAUAGAAAAUAUAGUCAAAUGUCUAUGUACAUUAAAAUAGCUCAGAGUUGUACAUGGAAAAUAUUGACGUAGAGCACGUGUACACUCAACACUAAAAAUAUGUAUACAUUUCUGUACAUACAAAUGUACCAUAAAUCAAAGGUGUUUAGUAGUAACUCAAUAGGAGACACCUCGGCUCCUCCGAGGGUAGUAUUUUUGCUGUCGCCCAUCGCUAGCACCUGUCUCAACCAAAAAUGAUAGGGAGGAUUCCCUUUCAAAUAGUACUUGAACAUAGCACCCUAGAUUACUCACUUAAUGUACUACCUCAAAAUUUCUCUAGUACAUAAAUCAAAUAAAUAUCUCACUUCAGAAAACACUUAAGGAAUUGUAGCAAAUUUAUACCCAAUUCCUGCCACUGUUAGGUACACUUCUUCUCUUCUUUAUUCAUUGCGUGUGUGAGAUGCUCUGCCUGGCCAGUAGAUGCUCUUGCUAGUACAAAAAAAUAAAUAAAUAAAUAAACACGUAAUUCUUAGAAUAACCUGGAUAGGUUGUUUGGAAAGUGCUCUAGGGGUAAGUAGCGUGUAGUCGAUAGACCCUAGUAGCCACCCUUACUGUGACCUAGCUUCCGGCUAGCCAGUAUACCUUUCGUGUACUAACUAACAGGUAACUUAAUGUUUGGCAUAUAGAAUGUGUGAGAUAAUACAAAUGUCUAGUCAGCUUGAUGCAAAAGGUAAAUAGAGCUGUACUAAUAUCUAGUUAGCCUUAUGUACAGAAGUAUGUGCUAAUGUUCAGUUUAGCCUCAUCAAAAUGUAUAGAGAGCUAAUACAAAUGUCUUAGGAAGCUAUCUAAUUGUCUAGAGAGGCCUAAUUGCCUAGUAAGCUUCAAAAUGUAUCAUAAGUUUUAUAGAGUUGUAUAGGAAGCUAGAAACUAAAGGAUAGAUAGUUUUCUUUAAAUGUCUAGAUAGUAUUCAAAUGUCUAGAUAGCAUCAAAAUGUGUUUAGUCUACUUAGGAUGUAUAGCAAAUGUACAGAUCCUCCUGUUCUAUAGCAUCCUGUUCUAGUCCUAGUCCCUCUGUCUCAGGAGACAGACGUCGAGGCCGACCUAUCUUUAGUAAGGGGGUUUGUGGUGUCCCAGUACCGCAUUCUAUACGGUACUUGUUUAUUUAUGGGCCCCCAUAGCUAAAGUCCCUAGGACUUAGGGAUCCCUGUUAGCCAGUCUACCCCUAGUCGCCUCUAUUCUAAUGUAUGAAUCUCUAAUUUCUGCAUAGGUUAAUGUAAAUAGGAUAGUAUAUGUAAAUAAAUGAUUAAUUACUUGUUUCCAAGGCGUCGCAAGGCCUUCGGGUCAUGUGAUGCGUUCCAAGCCUCACUCCUAACUAUAAUUCUUUGGAAGAUAAAAUAAUGGAAAACAUCUCUAAAGUGGAGACUGCUAUUGUGGAAACCAAGCAGCAAAAGUUUCUACGGGACCUCGAGGAUUAUCAGACCCAGUCUGUAUUUUUAUGGCCCAAUAAGGAACCCGGUACACAUACUCCGAAAUCUAUACUAAAAAAGAAGUUCAACCGGGGUAAAAGAAAUAAAUCCUCUGAUAAAGGGGACUUUAAAGUCAGUUUUUCUUCUCUUGAGGCCAGCAAACUGGAUUCCAGAACCCGAGACAACUUUCCAUUCCUCCAUCCCCGAUGCCGCAUCUUCACCUCUGCCAACUCCCAGGAAACCAAAGAAACAGAAUAAACAGCAGCCAAAAAACGACGCGGGGAGGAAGCACCGCACUGGAAAAAAGGUCAACACGACAGAACAAGAGGUAACCUGCAUCCCUAUCUUUAAUUUGUCUGCUACCAUUAUUUCUCAGACCUAGUUAUUGUUACUUUCACGGGGACUGUCUUUUUCACCGACAAAUAGACUGAACUUUUUUCAAACCAUGCUAGAUGUGAAUCGGUUUGUCAGAAACAUUACCAUACGUAAGCACUUUUCAUGUAUUGAUAAAAAUUGUGUUUCUGAUAAUGUUUCUGUCUCGCACGUGCAAUCUGUAAAUAUGUCACAGCGGGAAUCUGUGUCUGAUGAUUUAACUCUUGCUAAUGAUCAAAGAAAAACAGAUGUGGGUGAUUUCCUUUUUAGAGAUCUGAUAGUUAUGUCACAACUACAAGAAUUAUAUAAUGCUGAUGUAGAGGAAAAAUCCCUGAGUUUAAUACUUCGAUCUCUGGCUUCUAUCCUAUCACCUCACGCUCCCCGGCACUGGACUUGUUCCAGGAAUCUGUGGAGCGUGAGGUCUUUGCCUUGUCGUCUAAAAAUAACAAAGUUCAUUAUAAUUUAACUAUACAGGAGCGACAGGCUCUGACAGAGCUACAAAAGUUGGAUCAGAUUGUCAUCAGGCAGGCUGAUAAGGGGGGAGCUGUGGUGAUUUUGGACAGCGGUCUGUAUCAUAAACUGAAUAUGCAGAUGUUGGAUGAUGCCGACACAUACAGACCGCUGUCCAAUAAUCCCACCUCUCAAUUUAAAGAUCAACUGAUAUCCUUGGUGCGCCUUGGAGUUGAGAGUGGAUGUUUAACAGAGAAAAUAGCAGAAUAUCUUAUUAUUCAAGAUCCCAUUAUACCAAUUUUCCACUCCUUCCCCAAGGUACACAAAGAGACUUUUCCUCCCUCCAUGAGACCCAUAGUAGCAGGUAUCUCGUCAUUGAACGAACGAUUGUGUGAGUGGGUCGAUUCUUUGCUGCAGUCACUUAUAUUCAAAAUGCCUAGUCACAUUAAAGGCACUAAGCAUUUGCUUGGCAUGCUUGCACAUGUGAAGUGGCGGUCGGAGUACAGGUGGGUCACAGCCGAUGUGACCUCCCUGUACUUGGUCAUUCCACAUGAACUAGCAAUACGUGCCCUGUCAUGGUUUUUAGAAACCUAUUCACAUUAUCCAGUCCAUUUGUGUGAAUAUUUUCUGCUGGUUAUUGAGUUCCUUCUCAGCCAUAAUUUUUUCAUGUUCAACGCACGAUUUUUCUUGCAAGUCACUGGAGCUUCUAUGGGGGCGAAGUUCUCCCCUCUCUCGCUAACAUCUACAUGUGUUGGUGGGAGAGGGGGAUUCUCUUCUCCCCCACUAAUCUUUUCAGCUCCUGGAUACUGUGGUAUGGCCGCUACAUCGAUGACCUCCUAUUUAUUUGGGGGGUCCGAUGUAGCGGUCAUACAGGAGUUCAAUAACUUCAUGAACUCCAAUGAACAUAAUCUUUAUUUUACUUUCUGCUUUGAACAUGAAAUUGUCAACUUUUUGGACCUUACACUACGGGGUGACAGGGAUACCGGCAACAUUACUACUUCUACUUAUAGGAAAAAAAACGCAGUCAAUUCUAUUCUGCAUGCUGGUUCCUGCCACCCCUCACAUGUAAUGGAAAAUUUGCCUCUUGGUGAAAUAAUGAGGGCAUGCCGCAACUGCUCGCUUGAUAAUGACUUUAUAAGCGAAAGGGUUGCCAUUGGCAACAGACUCAAGCAACGCGGCUGCCCUGAUUGGACUAUCCAAAAAGCUAAUACUAUUGCCAGCAACAAAAGUACCUCUGACCUAAUUGAAUUACAAACCUCUAAGAAUAACAAAGACAAGUACAAAAAUAAAACUUCGAGAAACAAAUGCAAUGAAAAUUCACCUGUAGUAUUUUCAACCCAAUAUAGCACCGAAUUUAGGGCAGUCAGUAAUAUUAUUAAAAGCAAUAUGCCAAUUAUAUACACUGACCCUGAUUUUCGGGCAGCUUUAAACGGGGGGAAUCAGGUGUGUUUCUAGAAGAGCUCCCACAUUGGGUCAGAAACUAUCCCCUAGUCUAUUCUCAAAUUCCCCGAGAAGUGCACCUACCUGGCUGAACUGUCCGGGUUCAUAUAAAUGUGGAUCCAGAAAGUGUAUCUGUUGCAAUCACAUGAAUAAUUCGUUAUCAUUUACAUCUACAAGCAAUAACAAAACUUUUACCAUCAAACAAUAUGUGAAUUGCAACACGGCCGGGGUCAUGUACCUUUUCACGUGCCGUGCCUGCAAUGUGCAAUAUGUGGGAUGUACGAUUAACCCAUUAAAAAUUAGGGUUCAUAAGCAUGGUCACCAUGGUUACAAGGCACUUUGCUGAGGCACAUGAUGGUAACACCUCCAGUCUGAUGGUGCAAGGUAUUGAAAGGGUCGACAAACCAUUGAGAGGUGGUAAUAUGAGACAAAAGGUUCCGGAUCGAGAAAUCUUCUGGAUCCUCACCUUAGACACACAGGUGCCGCGAGGUCUGAACAGGAGGUUAGAUACUAUUCUACACUAUUGAUAUGGAAAUAUCUGCACACUACAAUUAUUAUAUCCUGAAUAAAUUAUCAUUUUUUUCAGACCUAACAACUAAUGAUUUAUAUGUUGUAAGCGUAUGGGGUUUCCUUUGUUGAUAUGUACAUGCAUGCAUAUAUACAUAGUUACAUAGUUAGUAUGGUUGAAAAAAGACAUACGUCCAUCAAGUCCAACCAGGGAAUUGAAGUGAAGGGUGUAAGGGGAUAAGGGAAAGGGAUGUAGUUUUAUAAUUCUGCAUAAGCAUUAAUGUUAUUUUGUUCCAGGAAUGUAUCUAACCCUGUUUUAAAGCUGUUAAUUGUUCCUGCUGUGACCAGUUCCUGAGGUAGACCGUUCCAUAAAUUCACAGUCCUCAUGGUAAAGAAGGCGUGUCGCCCCUUUAGACUAAACCUUUUCUUCUCCAAACGGAGGGAGUGCCCCCUCGUCCUUUGGGGGGGUUUAACCUGGAACAGUUUUUCUCCAUAUUUUUUGUAUGGGCCAUUUAUAUACUUAUAUACGUUUAUCAUAUCCCCCUUAAACGUCUCUUCUCAAGACUAAACAAUUGUAACUCCUUUAAUCGCUCCUCAUAGCUAAGAUGUUCCAUGCCCCAUAUUAGUUUAGUAGCACAUCUCUGCACCCUUUCCAGCUCCACAGUGUGCCUUUUAUGUACAGGCGACCAAAACUGAACAGCAUAUUCCAGGUGAGGCCGUACCAAUGCUUUAUAAAGGGGGAGUAUUAUGUCCCUGUCCCUUGAGUCCAUACCUCUUUUUAUACAUGACAAUAUCCUGCUGGCUUUGGAAGCAGCAGCCUGACAUUGCAUGCUAUUCUGUAGUCUGUGAUCUACAAGUACACCCAGAUCCUUCUCUACGUCUAUGUAUAUAUUAAUCCAGUUGUGGAUGUGUGCAUGUAUAUAUGUAUGUAUAUACAAAUCUACCUUUCCUGUUUCCUGUAUUAUGUAUACCACCUUCCUCCAGAAUCAUCAUCUUUUCUUCAUGUGCACGGAGUAUUCUUUUGUCUAUGAUAGGGUACAUAUAUAUAUAUAUAUAUAUAUAUAUAUAUAUAUAGAAAGAAUCUUUUUCUUAUGUAAAUCAUCUAACAAAUAUAAUAUAGAAGCUAAGACAGAUGCAUACUCCGAACGCACGGUUUUUACAGAAUGUUUUCUUUUAUAUAUGUGUUUUUGCUAUAUUUGAACCUAAUAAAGAAUAUACAUUUUAACCUAUGUCUGUAAUUAUAUGUGCAGGUGUGGAGUGACGUGGUGUGGAUUAGCACCGCCCAGUACACCCCCACCUGGCAUAUAUAAACGAUCUUAUCGCAUGUAACCUUUGUAUGACUAAGGCCCUGCGGGCAGAAACGCGUCACGUUACCUGAGCUCCCGAUGUAUCCUGUGGCAACCGAAUAAAUAAAGAAGUUCCUUUUACACGUGUGUGCGCUGGACGUUCUUCUUCCUUUGUAAACCUCACUAUGGAUGCGUUCCAGGCCUCACUUUGGUAUUUCUAGCCUCGUUUUGGUUUUAUUAUGUGUAUAGGACCUGUAUAGGAAGUCAGAUGAUCACCCAGAAGCCUGUGUGACGGUGAGUGACAACUGACCUUGGACCUAUCAAAUUAGGCUCCGCCCCCUGUCCAUAUAAGGGACGUGGCGGCCAUUUUAGUUCUCUUUGUUCCUGGGUUGCCAAGCGAGCAACAUCUCUCUAUAGAACCUGCGCUGCUAAAAACCGUGAGUUAGGCCCAAGCCUCGCAGCAACGGCCGAUCCUUAGCAAAUAUAGAGUGUCUCAAUCCCCAAACAUUCUGCGGGACCACCGGACCUAAUCUACCCCUAAAUCCGGACGGAUCCACGCACCAAUUACCUUGGUUCUAUUAACCUGCAAAAAACGUAAGGUCUGCAGCAACUGUCAGUCAUUGAAGUCUAUAGAAGUGUA